AUGGACAAUGUCGUGUCGGUAUCUAUGUAUAACCAGGAGGAGCAGAAAUUCUGGUUGUAUCUCUCCAGAAUUCGUCCUGACGUCACAACCGAAGCUGUGACAGCAAUGGCCAAAGCAAACCUCCAAACCAACAGCGAUCUUGCGGUGGUGAAGCUGAUUCCAAAAGACAAGAACACCAGCUCUCACUUUUAUGUCUUUCAAAAAACCACUGACACCCACACCGCCUGCUCAAAAUUCAUCUCCUGUCACUCUGGCAACACCGUCAAUGGAGUGUUAACGUGUUAUGAUCCGAGAUGCAAGCCUGCCAACCUUAUGGAAGUCCCCAAUCCCUUCAUCUCAGUCGAGCUUUUCCAGCCAGCGAUCAACAGCCAUCCCGGUCCUGAGGCGCUACCGCAGGCAAGUACUCCGGGAUGCACGCCUGCCAGCCUUAUGGAAGCCCUUAAUCCCCUCAUCUUAGUCGAGUAUUUCCAGCCAGCGCUCAACAGCCAUCCCGGACCUGAGUUUGAGAAUGGAAAGGGGACCUCCCAAACUGCCAUUGCAGGCAAGUAUAAAUCCGGAAUCAGCAUUUACAUCAAUCCAGUGUUGAACAGGAAUGGCCGCUUGCUCGAUCUAGUGCUAGCGAAUGAUGCUGCAGUAUCAAGGUGCUCGAUUGCCGAGGCCACUGAUCCAGUUAUCCCGCUCGACAUCGAUCAUCCAGCACUAGAGGUUGACGUCAAUCUACCGUCGUCAAUUGGAUUCGAAGUUGUACCAGAUCUGAGCUGCCUCAACUUCCAGAAAGCUGAUUUCGCUGCAUUAAAUCAAGCAAUAUCGCGAGUCGACUGGGAAUUUCUGGAGACAAUCGAGGACAUGGACGCUGCCGUUGCCAGGUUUACCGAUAUUAUUACUCGUAUCAUCGCUGAUUGCGUACCAACGCGGAGGGCUGCUCAGAAACCAGUUUGGGGUAAUAGAAGGCUGCGCUGUCCACUUGUUAAACAAGAGCUGAACCAGAGGAGCAAUGAGUACCGCUUGUAUAAUCGUUUCCUAAAUAAGCAGUAUACGAGACUGAUGCAGAGAAAUCUCCGUAAAAACCCAAAUCUGUUCUGGUCUUUCGUCAACAGUAAGAGAAUGGAAGAAGGAUUGCCCAUAAACAUGUUUUUGGUAAACCGCUCGGCUAACACUGCAAUCGAGAAAUGCAAUCUUUUCGCUGCCCACUUCAAGCGAGCAUUCAAUGGCAGUACGUCCUCCGAAACUCAAGUUGAUACUGCCGUUAGAGACACUCGACUCAACGCAUUGAAUUUCGACAUCUUUCGAGUUACCAGUGAGGUUGUGGAGGCAGCGAUCCGUAAAUUAAAGUAUUCUACGAGCCCCGGGCCGGACGGUAUUCCUUCUUGUGUGCUGAAAAAAUGCGCCUCGUGCCUUGUGUACCCUUUAUCGGUCCUCAUCGACACCUCUCUACACAAGAGCACGUUUCCCUCGGUAUGGAAGCAGUCAAUAAUGUUCCCAGUGCACAAGAAAGGAGAUAAACGGAACAUAGAAAACUACCGAGGAAUCACAUCACUUUGCGCCUGCUCGAAAGUUUUCGAAAUCAUCGUCAAUGAUGCUGUGUUUUCCUGUUGCAAGAACUAUCUAUUACAAGAUCAGCAUGGAUUCUUCCCAAAAAGCAUGGAGCAAGGCACUCAGGUGGACUCAGUGUACACAGACCUUAACGCUGCUUUCGACCGUGUCGAUCACAAAAUCCUGAUAGCAAGGCUGAACAAACUAGGCAUUUCCUCGAGAUUCACGAUAUGGUUGAACUCUUAUCUAACAGAUCGGUGGAUGUGUGUCAAAAUUGAAUCUGCGCAAUCUGCGAGUUUCUUCAAUCUUUCGGGAGUGCCUCAAGGAAGCAACCUAGGCCCACUGUAG